CUCUCGCUGCGCUGCCUGCGCGGCCGCGGGCAGAGCUUCGGGCAGACGCGCUUCAUCUGCACCUCGGUGCCGCUGGACGGGGACAUGUGCGCCGCCACCGCGCCGGGCACCGGCUCCGCCGAGGAGCUGAAAAGUACGGUGCUGCAGCUGCGGGAAACGGUGCUGCAGCAGAAGGAGACCAUCAUGAACCAGAAGGAGACCAUCCGGGAGCUGACGGCCAAGCUGGGCCGCUGCGAGAGCCAGAGCGUGCUGGAGGGGCCGCCCGGCGAGGCCAAGGGCGGGGGGGCCGGCAGGAAGGCCGGCUUCUCCAAAAACACCAUGGGGGACCUGUCGCGGGCGCCCGCCGCCGAGACCCUCAGCCAGCUGGGGCAGACGCUGCAGUCCCUCAAGACCAGGCUGGAGAACCUGGAGCAGUUCAGCAGGAUGAACUCCUCCGGCCAGACCAACAACCUGAAGGACAUCCUGCAGAACAAAAUCGACGACCUGGAGCGGCAGGUGCUGUCCCGGGUGAACAGCCUGGAGGAGGGCAAGUUCAACCCCAAGAACGAGUCCGAGGAGCGCGGCAAGAUCGAGAGCACCCUCACGUCGCUGCACCAGCGCAUCAGCGACCUGGAGAAAGGCCAGAAGGACAACCGGCCCCCGGACAGGUUCCAGCUCACCUUCCCGCUGCGCACCAACUACAUGUACGCCAAGGUGAAGAAGAGCCUGCCCGAGAUGUACGCCUUCAGCGUCUGCAUGUGGAUGAAGUCCAACGCCUCCCCCGGCAUGGGCACCCCCUUUUCCUACGCUGUGCCCGGGCAGGCUAACGAGCUGGUGCUCAUUGAGUGGGGCAACAACCCCAUGGAGAUCCUCAUCAAUGACAAGGUGGCCAAACUGCCCUUUGUCAUCAAUGACGGCAAGUGGCACCACAUCUGCGUCACCUGGACCACACGGGACGGCGUGUGGGAAGCCUACCAGGACGGCACGCAGACCGGCAGCGGCGAGAACCUGGCACCCUACCAUCCCAUCAAGCCCCAGGGGGUCCUGGUCCUGGGGCAGGAGCAGGACACGCUGGGCGGCGGGUUCGAUGCCACACAGGCCUUCGUGGGGGAGCUGGCCCACUUCAACGUGUGGGACAGAAAGCUGAGCCCCGGGGAGGUGUACAGCCUGGCCACCUGCAGCACCAAGGCGCUCGCGGGCAACGUCAUCGCGUGGGCUGAGGCCAACAUCGACAUCUACGGCGGGGCCACCAAGUGGACUUUCGAGGCCUGUCGCCAGCUCAACUAG